AUGGAGAAUGAAACGUGGACCCUUACCAAUCUGCCCCCAGGAAGGAAGGCAUUGAACUGCAUGUGGCUGUUACGUGUGAAGACCGAUGCGAAGGGGAGGUUGGAGAGGCACAAGACAAGGCUUGUGAUCAAGGGCUUUCAGCAGAGGGAGGGGAUCGACUUUCAAGAGGUGUUUGAUCCUGUUGCCACGGCUCGUACACUCCGGUUGUUGCUAGCAGCCGCUGCAGUUUGUGGCUGGAAGGUGGAGCAAAUGGAUGUGAAGACAGCGUUCCUCUAUGGCGUGGUAGAUGAGGAGAUCUACAUGAAGCAGCCAGAGGGGUAUGAUGAUGGGAGCGGACGUGUUUGCAGGCUCAACAAGGCCAUCUAUGGCCUCAAAGAAGCUCCAAGGUGCUGGUAUGCAAGGCUGGUGGAGGCGUUGGAGGCUCUUGGCUUCAAAGUUACCGGGUGCGACGAGAGUCUCUUCAUGACCGAGGGGGAGGAGGAGAAGGUAUUUCUCCUUCUCUACGUCGAUGACAUCCUCCUCUUCUCUCCAUCCCUGGAGAGGAUCAAGAAUGUGCAAGGGAAGCUGAAGGAGACCUUUCAAUGCAAGGCCCUUGGACCAGUGGGGUAUUACCUUGGUCUUCACGUGGAGCGGGACGAGGUGAAGGGAUGGUUGAGGCUUCACCAACACAAGUACCUUGCAGCGAUGGGGGAGAAGUAUGGGCUGGAGGAAGGGAGGAGUGUGAUGACUCCUCUACCCUCAGGGUUUCAGCUGCACCUUGAUGAAGAGGAGGGUGAGGUGUUGGAGUACGAGUUGCAGCGUCGGUUCCAGUCAAUGGUGGGGAGCUUGAUGUACGCUUUGGUCAACACUCGCCCCGACAUUGCGUUUUCAGUUUCACAGCUCGCUCGUGUGGUGUCUAGGCCCCUUCAAGAGCACCUGGAUGCAGCAGAGAGGCUGGUGAGCCAAGGAGCAAUUGCAAUGGCGCGGAAUGCUGUGCUCCAUGGGCUGAACAAGCACAUGCAUAUCAAGUGGCAUUGGGUGAGGAAGGAGGUGAAGAAGGGCACCAUCUCCUUCCACUACAUCAACACUACCAAGCAACCUGCGGAUUUCUUGACUAAGCGGCUUGCAGAGCAUCAGCAUUGGAGCUGUGCCACCGUGUGUGGCAUGUCCUUCAACUAA